AUGAUUCAUGAUAAGACACCAGCCUCUUCAUAUCUCAAUGAGUGGGCCGUUCAGAUCGACGGCAAUGAAACAGUCGCCAAGUCUCUAGCUUCGAAACAUGGAUUUUUCUACAUCACUAGGAUAUUGGAAAAUUAUUACCUCUUUCGACACCCUCGCAUUGCCAAGCGGUCGCUGAGGGAGACGACAUCUGACCACCUCAGUUCGCUGCAACACGAGAACAAGGUAAAGUGGAUAGAGCAGCAGAGAGUUAGGAGGAGAGUGAAGAGGAAUGUCCAUUUCACUGACAACAAGUGGCCGAAGAUGUGGUACUUGAAUGGGGCCGUAAACUUUGACAUGAACUUGUUGCGUGCCUGGGAGGCGGGCUACACCGGCGAGGGCGUCGUCGUAACCGUGCUCGACGAUGGCAUUGAGAAAGAUCACCCCGACCUUCGAAAUAAUUAUGAUGAAGACGCCAGUUAUGACGUCAACGAUCAGGACCCCGACCCCCAGCCAAGAUACGAACACUCCAACGAAAAUAGACAUGGAACGAGAUGUGCUGGUGAAAUUGCAGCAGAGGCCAACAAUGGAAUCUGCAGCGUCGGCAUUGCUUAUCGCUGUAGGAUCGGUGGCGUUCGAAUGCUGGAUGGUGAUGUUUCUGAUGCUGUGGAGGCACAAUCCCUCACACUGCACCCCCACUACAUUGACAUCUUCAGCAUUUCUUGGGGCCCGGACGAUGACGGCAAGACAGUGGAUGGCCCUGGACCCCUUGCUAGGAAGGCCUUCUCUGACGGGGUUCUCAUGGGUCGCAAGGGCUUGGGUUCAAUAUUUAUCUGGGCUUCAGGGAAUGGAGGGAAGGAGGGGGAUGGAUGCAACUGUGAUGGAUACACCAACAACAUUUACACACUUUCUAUCAGUAGUGCCACCGAAACUGGACAGGUACCUUGGUAUUCAGAAGCCUGCUCCUCGACACUGGCCACAACAUUCAGCAGCGGCACAAAUACGGAUAGACAGAUCGUCACAACGGAUCUGAGGAAAGGAUGCACCGAAGGACACACAGGGACCUCUGCUAGCGCUCCAUUGGCUGCCGGCGUUUGCGCCCUCGUUCUUCAGGCCAACUCUGGACUGACAUGGCGCGACCUGCAGUACAUUAUCGUCCUAACUGCCCAGCCCAACAAUCUCCUGGCAGAGGAUUGGCAGACCAAUGGAGUCGGAAAGUUGGUGAGUCAUUAUUUUGGAUACGGUCUGCUGGACGCGCACACGAUGAUCAGGCUGGCCCUCAACUGGUCCAACGUCCCAGAACAACAUAGGUGUGAAAUCGUCUCCAAAAAUUCACACCGGAACAUUCCGAUGUACAGCCAGAUUGAGAACAUUUUAUACAGCGAUGGAUGCCACGAUGACAAGUUGCAUCACGUGCAGUACCUCGAACACGUCAUCGUCACUAUCACCUUGACCUCGACCAGGAGGGGCGAGUUGGAAGUCUACAUCACUUCUCCCAGGGGUACCAGAUCGACCUUACUGGCGCGCCGACCAGUGGACUCAUCGGCAGAGGGAUUCAACAAUUGGUCCUUCAUGACGACACACUGUUGGGGCGAAACUUCCGAGGGCGCCUGGAAACUGGAAGUUAAGAAUUCAGGAAGUUACGCGAAACUGGUCAGUUGGUCGUUGGUGCUGCAUGGCACGGAGUACUAUCCAUUGUUGUCUUCUUCACCAGGAAUCUCAUAUGCGUUCAAAAAAUUCAAAGAGAAGAGAGCGACAUUAAGACCUUGGCCGUACAACUACAACAACUACCACUCUCCUUACAACAACUACAACAUGCACAAUAGCAUCAACAGUCACAACAUCAACAACAUCAACAACAAUUACAACAACGCAAUCCGCAACAACAGACUUUCAUUAUACUACAACAAAAAGAAGCACAGGCUAUCCGACUCACCUCACCACCACCAUCACCACCACCACCACCAUCGUCAGCAUCAUAAUUAUCGGGAUUAUUAUCAUAACUCGUGCGGCAAAUCACCGUCAUCACUACUAUUACAAUCGUUCAUGUUUUUCAUGCUAAUGGCGUUUCUUUUAUCACCAUCAUCGUCUUCAUCAUCAUCAUCUUCAUCUUCUUCAUUAUCAUCAUCAUCUCCACUCUCAGCAUUAUUAUCCUCAUCACCACUACAAUCACUACCACCAUCGCCAUCUUCAUCAUCGUUGUUGUUACUUAGAUAGUUUUGCAUGUGCGCGCCUAUUGCGUUCGUUCGGUAUGUUCACGCACACAAACACACAAACACACACGUACACAUAAACGCAUGAGAACAAAAACGUUUAUUAUGCGUUUGCACAUAUAGUAAUUUUCACAUAAAAACAUGCAUAUAAAUUUUCAUCAGUGUAUAUAUUUUUUUAAGUUGCUGGUAUGUAUAUGUAUCUAUGUAUAAAUACGUUCGUGUGCGUGCGUGUGUGCGUGUGCAUAUGUGUACGCUGUGAAUGUGCGGGUUUAUUACUGUAAUUUCAUUUUUUCCCUUCAUUUUGUAUUAAUUAAUAUUCCACCUGGUUCCAUCUUUAUUGAAAUCUAUCAUGCUAUAUUUAUAUAUACGUAUGCGCAUGCCACGCACACAUGCACCACACACACACACACACGCACACACACUCACACACGCACGCACAUACACAUAUAUAUAUACAUACACGUAUACGUGUGUAUCUUGUUCAUCCAGCUGAUGUACAUUUGUUCAAUUUGAGAUUUAAUUACAAAAAAAAUGUUGAUAGGUUUUUUUGAGGAAAGUCAUUUUUAACCAUUAAAAAAUUCAGUAUUAUUAUUAUAAUUAUUAUUUUUAUUAUUUUAUUAUAUAUAUAUAUAUAUAUAUAUAUAUAUAUAUAUAU